CUUAAAUGAAGCUCAGAACCAUCACAUUCUUUACACCAACACAAAAGCAUGGGAUCAUCAACCUUUGGGAAGAAGGUAUGCUCUCUAAUAAUACUCUUCUUUUUGUUUGCUCUGUUGGUUGCAUCACCGAAUCUUGCUUCUAAUGAAGAAGCUGAUGCUCUUCUCACAUGGAAAGCAAGCCUCCCAAAAGAAGCCCAGUCUCAGCUAUCUUCGUGGACUUUGCUUCCCAAAAAUGCCACCAAUUCUUCUACCAAUCUCAAUUCAACCACAAACCCAUCAUGUUCUUGGUCUGGCAUUUAUUGCAACCUUGUUGAAAGAGUCAUCGGUAUAAAUCUUACAUGUUUAGGCCUACAAGGUUCACUCCAUGAAUUUUCAUUCUCGUCUUUCCCUACUCUCGAGUUUGUUGAUCUCAGUACGAACUCACUGUUUGGAACCAUCCCACCUCAAAUCAGUUACCUCUCCAAUCUCAUCUAUCUUGAUCUCUCUAUCAACCAGUUCUCUGGAAAAAUCCCACCAGAAAUUGGCCUGCUGACAAACCUUGAGGUCUUGCGCUUGUUUAAAAAUCAGUUGAACGCCACAAUUCCUCCAGAAAUAGGUCAGUUGAGGUCUCUUGAUGAGCUUGCUCUGUACAGCAACUCCCUAAACGGUCUCGUUCCUUCUUCCUUGGGCAAUUUAAGCAAAUUGGCUUACUUGUACCUCUAUGACAAUCCACUAUCUUGUUCCAUUCCUUUAGAAAUUGGAAAUCUUUCCAACUUGGUUGAACUUUGCAUGUAUUCCAGCAGUUUAACUGGUCCCAUCCCUUCUACUCUUGGAAACUUAAGAAGGUUAACUCUGUUGGACUUAUCUCAGAACAAACUUUCUGGUCUCAUCCCCACAGAAAUAGGACACAUCGAAUCUCUGAAGGAUCUAAGCCUUGCAACAAACAAUCUUGUGGGUUCUAUCCCGACAUCAUUAUGUGACCUCGGAAACCUCACACUUCUCCAUCUCUUCAAGAACAACCUUUCAGGUCCCAUUCCAGAGGAGAUAGGAAACUUGAAGUCUCUUGUGAGUCUCGACUUGAGAGAAAAUUAUAAACUCAAUGGUUCUCUUCCAGCUUCAAUUGGUAACUUGAGCAACUUAGAGGUUUUGUACAUUCGUGACAACCAACUCUCUGGUUCCAUUCCUCUAGAGGUAGAAAAUCUCAUGAAGUUGACAGUAUUUCGAGUGGCAAGAAACCAAUUCACUGGUUAUUUGCCAUCAAAUAUUUGCCGAGGUGGAUUGCUUCGAAACUUUACUGCAAAUGGUAAUAAUCUCACAGGCCCGAUUCCUAAAAGCGUGAGAAACUGCACAACUUUAUAUAGAAUUCGUCUAGACGGGAACCAGCUGACAGGAAAUAUAUCCGAAGUUUUUGGGGUCUAUCCGGACCUGGAUUAUAUAAACCUCAGUAACAACAAAUUUUAUGGUGAACUUUCACCAAACUGGGGAAGGAGCUCACGACUAACUAAUCUAGAAAUUGCAGGGAAUCAUAUCACUGGUAGCAUACCACCUGAGAUUGGAAACGGAACUCGACUACAAGUUCUUGAUCUUUCUUCAAAUGACUUAGUUGGGGAGAUCCCUAAGGAAUUCGGGAGGUUGACUUCUUUGGGGAAGCUGAUAUUGAGGAACAAUCAACUUUCAGGUGGUAUACCUUUAGAGCUUGGCUCCCUGACAAGCCUUGAGUAUCUUGACCUGUCAACAAACAAAUUGAGCAACUCGGUUCCAGGAUAUAUAGGGAACUUCUUAAGACUGCACCACAUGAAUUUAAGCCACAAUGAGUUCAGCCGGGGAAUUCCGACUCAGGUGGCCAAGUUAGUUCAGCUUUCGGUGCUUGACUUGAGUCAUAACAAUCUCACAGGAGAGAUACCAAAGGAGUUCAGGAACAUGGAAAGCUUGGUGACAAUGAAUAUCUCCCACAACAACCUUUCUGGCAUUCUUUCCAAGGCUUUUGAGGACAUGCCCGGCUUGUUGUAUGUCAACAUAGCAUUCAAUGAAUUCUGGGGUCCAAUUCCCAACAACAAAGCAUUUCAAGAUGCCCCGAUAGAAGCAUUGGAGGGGAACAAAGGAUUGUGCGGCCAGGUGAAAGGACUACAACCUUGUCAACCAUCCACUCCAAACAAACAAGUCCGUCAAAAAGGCGACAAGAUCGUGUUCAUAAUCAUAUUCCCCAUUUUGGUAGUACUAGUACUUUUAUUUGCUGUGAUCGGAAUGUCAAGUUUUGUAAGAAGAAAGAGGUCACCGGAAAAAGAAGACGAGAGCUUAUACCCGAUGUUUAUCUUCAAUGGGAAAAAGAUGUAUGAAGAAAUCAUAAAAGCUACCAGGAAUUUUGAUGCCAUGUAUUGCAUUGGAAAUGGUGGAUAUGGAAGCGUCUAUAAAGCACAGCUGCCAUCGGGUAAUAUUGUAGCUGCAAAGAAAAUACACUCAUGUGAUGGUGAUUAUGUGACUGAUCGAAAAGAGUUUCUCAAUGAGAUAAUGGCGUUGACACAAAUACGACACCGAAACAUUGUGAAGCUACAUGGUUUUUGCUCAAACGCACGAUGCUCGCUUUUGAUUUACGAGUACCUUGAGAAUGGCAGCUUGGCCGAAAUCCUAAGCAAAGAAACAGAAGCUAAAGAAUUGAAUUGGAGUAGAAGGGUGAAUAUUGUUAAAGAUGUGGCGCAUGCCUUGUCAUACAUGCAUCAUGAUUGCUCACCGCCCAUUGUUCACAGAGACAUAUCAAGCAAGAAUAUUUUGCUGGAUUCUGACUAUGUAGCGCAUGUUUCAGACUUUGGCACCGCUAAACUUAUGCAGGUAGACUCAUCCAAUUGGACCGGAUUUGCAGGCACGCUUGGAUAUGUAGCACCAGAGCUUGCUUACACAAUGAAGGUGACUGAGAAAUGUGACGUGUAUAGCUUCGGAGUUUUAGCACUUGAAGUAAUCAAAGGAAACCAUCUUGGUGAUUACAUCUCUACUGCAAUAUUGUCUCCCUCCGGUAACAUACAGCUGAAGGACAUAUCGGACCAACGCCUUUCACCUCCCACAGCUGAAGUUGAGGACCAACUGAAAAAGAUUGUAACUUGCGCAACUGCUUGCUUAUGUCAAAAUCCACAGUGUAGGCCAACCAUGCAGAUGAUUUCUCAGAUGUUAUCAGCCUCAACUGUGAAUAUUCCUACUACAUUACACCUGAAGAACUUGAGAGGGUCUAAAUCAUUCUGAGAACAUGUAGCUUAUUCGGGCUUGGCCCAACUGUAACAUCAGUGAUCAU